CUGCACUCCUUUGAAUUGUGAAAUAUAGGUAGCAUUAAUGAAUUAAUGUUAGCUUACAUUCUUUGUCAACACAAAAUCCCUUCUCAAGCUAGGAAGAGGAGUGCUCAACGAGUGUUCAGAAGCUUCCAAAAUGCCUCAUAGUUGAGCUUGACGUCAACGUUGCUUCACCGCCCUUUUUAGACUCAGAACUUUUCUAGUGAGAAGUUCUGCAAAAUCAGAAAUGGAAGCCGGGUGUUCCUUUGGACCCUACCUGAGCACGUGUGCUGGCGGACUCGAGAACGUGCUGCUGCAAGAGCUAGCUAGCAGGCUUUAUGGCGUCCAAGUUUUGUCCAGCCAUGCAGGAGCGACGGUCUUCAGCACAUCAGGGAGGCCAGAGGACCUAAAAGCUCUCCGGGCUGCCGACAACAUCUAUGCAUAUCUCAUUCACAAAGAGGGAGUCCCGCUUGACAAGGAACAGGGACUCGCAUACCUGCAAGCUAUUGCAAUGGAGAUUGAUUGGGGCCGGGCCCUCGCGACCUUCCGUCAGUGGAAUCCUGGGGUAGCAAUAAUUGCCUGGCCGUCAUCCAACUCCUCUGAAGGUUGUUCCGCUGCGCUUCCUCGAUUCCGGGUGACCUGCGAGCGGAGAACGCUCAAGCUGCCGAAGCACGGGUAUACUUCGAUGGAAGCCGCAGGAUGGCUGGGGGCGGGCGUCGGGGCCCUGCUCGGUUGGCCUGUCAGCAUGACGCACUUUGACGUGGAACUCAUCGCAACCAUUACGGAUGAUGAAGUGCUUUUGUCUCUCAGCCUGCUUUACAGUCCGAGGGCCAAGCAGAAUGCGUCCGCCACUGGGCCUCCGGACGCAGCCAAUGAGAUGGGACGAGAAGAGGAGCCCUUGCAGGCGAAAGCGCACCAUCAAUCGAGGCAGCUGUACUCCCAUCGUCCGUACCGCUCGGACCUCGUGCGGACGUCGCUGAAGCCAAGCACGGCAUAUGCCCUCUGCCAGCUGGCGGACAUCCGGCCAGGCCACGUGGUCCUAGACCCUCUCUGCGGUUGCGGAACAAUCCCUUUGGAAGCCGCCGACUUCUACGGACCUUCGAUCGCCGCCUUUGCGGGGGAGCUACUCGAGGACGCCGUCGCAAAGGCGGGGCGCAACUUGGCGGCCGGGCAGCAAGGAGGAAGGCCCGGGCCGUGUGACGUCAUCCGAUGGGACGCGACGCGCCUGCCGUGGCGCGACCGGACGGUGGACCGCGUCAUAUCGGACAUGCCCUUCGGCAUCCUGUGCGGUUCCCCGAAAGAGCGUAACAACGUCUUCCCGUCGGUCCUGAAGGAGAUUGCCCGAGUGCUGGUGCCUGGGACUGGGCGGGCCGUGCUGCUGUGCCAAGGGCGCAAAGUGCGGGCUGACCUGAAGCGCGUACCAACCAGAGACUUCUUCCUCCUGGAAAAGACGUUUUCGAUAGACAUGGAGGGCAUCCUGGUCGAUGUCCACAUUCUGCAACGGACGGAAGUUGAGGUGGUCGUCAAGCCCCGAUUGACGCCCAACAGAAGAAGGGACCGGUCUCGUCAGCGCAAAGGAGCAGCAAACCUGACAGGGCUCCCGGCGGCGUUCGUAGACCCGAUGGAGUAGUCGCGAUAUGACUUGAACCUAUGAAUUGGCGGGUCUCAAGUCAGCCGCCAGUUCAAAACCGUUGCUCUUAAGCAUCCGACGCACUUGCCGCGCGGAUCUUGUGAAGACGUCGGAAUGCCAUAGGGUUCCUCCUCUUCUGAUACAUGCUGAAAUACGGAGAAACAAUACUGGUAUGCGUGCGGCUGAUCGAAGUCGGUGCUCGCCAUUUUCAAUUAGAGUGGUGCAUGUGUAUACGCACAUCCGCAUUCAACGUAUUGUGGUGAAUUGUCCCAGGCC